AUGGUGGUCACAGACGCUCGUGCUGAAGAAGAAUAUUGCAGUGCUUUUGCAAAAGAUGUCCACAUCAAAGGGGAAUACCAUUGCACCACAGCCUACCCGAAGUACCAAAAGUCCCAUCCCACCUCCAACUCAUUGGCUGAAACAGUGGUGUCAUCAGGCACACUGAUAACCUACUACGCAAAUGCCAUCUUGAGCAUCCUCAAGAAUAUGAAAGACAAAGCAAUGGUCGAUGAAACUUACCAUGGACAAUUGCAAAGAGACGUUGACUCAGUCGUGAACACGGGUGGUAUCAUUUCUCCUCCUGUUAUGAUCUGCACGUCUCCGUAUAACUUGGCCUUCCACUUUCACACGCCUGUAAAUCCUUUGAAAGUGGUAAGAGCAAAAGAGUUCCCUGGUCAGCCAGACAGCAGUACUUUGCCAAGCAUAAUCAUAGACCAAUCCAAUAGGAAGUCCAUGGUUUCCAACAACUUAUGGCUUGGUCAGGAAAGGGGUGUGUCGGACCUGGAGAUCAUCUCCCAGCAGGUGGAGGACGAGAGCCAGUGCAUUGCCCCUGUACAACUAGUCAGCUUUGCCUAUCGGGACCUACCCCUGGCGGCCCUUGACCUCUCAUUGGCCGGGUCACAGCUGCUGUCCAACAUGGAUGAAGAUGAUCAGAGAGAGAGCUCGAACUGGCUGAAGCCUUGCUGUGGGAGACGGGCAGCAGUUUGGCAGGUGGUCUUACUCAGUGCUGGUCUCAACUGCUUCCUGGUGGCAUCAGUGGUCCUGGUCGUCCUUCUCCUGACGCUGGAGCUCCUCAUUGACACCAAGUUACUUCAGUUUACCAGUGCAUUCCAGUUUGCCGGGAUCAUUCACUGGAUAAGCCUAGUCAUCCUCUCUAUCUUCUUCACGGAGACUGUCUUCAGGAUCGUGGUGCUUGGCAUAUGGGACUACAUUGAGAACAAAGUAGAGGUAUUUGAUGGUGCAGUCAUCAUCCUAUCCUUGGCUCCCAUGGUGGCUUCAACUGUAGCGAAUGGACCCAGCAGCCCGUGGGACGCCAUCAGCCUGAUCAUUACCCUUCGGAUUUGGAAGGUCAAACGCAUCAUUGAUGCUUACGUCCUGCCAGUUAAGGUGGAGAUGGAGAUGGUCGUCCAACAGUAUGAGAAGGCCAAACAGGUCCGAGAGGAGCAGCUUGAACGACUCACACAGAUUUGCCAGGAGCAAGCUUUUGAGAUCAGGCAGCUGAGGGCCCACCUUGCCCAGCAGGAUCUGGACCUCGCUGCCGAAAGGGAGGCCGCUAUGGAGAUGCACCACAUCUGGAACAAGCAGAGCAGCAAGUUUCAAGUGGUCGAUGGUUCAGCGACUGGAGUGUCCGAUGACGAGAGUCCCGACAGCAUCAUCGAUCCCCGCCAAACACAAAAAGCAGCCACAAGGGACGAUAUGAAUAAUUAUAUCAGUCAGUACUACAGUGAACCAAGCAGUGAGAUGGGAGUUCCAGAAGGCGCUUCCCAUGUCAUCACAACAGCUGCCAUUGAUGUCCACCUUCCCAGUGCGCUCCACAACGCAUCAUCUGAUCUAUUAACAGUGGACGUGCCAGCAAAGCUCGAGAGGGUUAGCAGUUCUGUGAGUGAUAAUUCGGGGAGUGCCUCCAGAUCAAUAGACAGUACCACCACACAAGCCCAAAGCCUCAGCAGCCAAACCCUGGGCUCCUCCACAGACUGCAGCACAACCAGGGAGGGCUCCUCAGAAAGCUACCUGCUGGAAAGGCCUGAGAAUCAGCAGCACAGCAUCACGGGGCCAGUCGUUCACAAGGACACAAGUGUGGUGGUUCAGGAACUCAUGUCCACAUUAUCGGAGGAGACAUGCCUGACUCAGAAGGGUCUGGACCCAGUAAACCUCAAGCUGCCUAGUCCACCUGGGUCCACUAAUGCCAGCCCAGAGCUGGGACAUAGAGUUAACAUUUAUAACAAGAAGAACCAGGACAAUCUCUGCGUCUAUCCAACAACGCCGGUCAUCCAGAUUCAAGGCAAUGAUAUCACACUUGAAGAAAAGUACAGGUUCCUGGAGCCCACAGAAUCGUCAGUGAACAGACUACCAGAGUCUUAG